GAGGGAAGUGAGGGCGGGUGGUGGUGUGGCAGGGAGGUGGAUGCUGCUCCUCGGUCUCCGCUCCCGUCGGACAUUUUCUGCCCUCCCCCGCAUCUUUUUUUUGUCCUUUUUCCGCCAGGAUUGGGCGCCGAUCCGUCUGGAAAUUGGAGGCUCCAAGGCAGCACAGGUGGCCCAUCCCCAUGACACGCCAGCAUCGAGGCUGUUGGUGCUCUGUGGGCUGAAGGAAGGCAGGAAGGUUCCAUCCGUCAGGGAUCCCACCGGUCGCCUUCACCUGCAGCUCCCCCCAGGAGAGUGAGCAUCCUUCCUGCCAAGCUGUGUGAGCCCACAUCUCUCCAGCAUCAUCAUCAGCACUAGAUUCACCAAACCUGAAUUUGUCAUUUCUGUCUUAUCCCUGAAAGAACUUCAAGGAGAUCCUCAAGGUCCCUGGCACUGGCUUUUCUGGUGGUGGCAAGUGAAGUGGGCCACCAGGCCUUCCAGCAAGCAUCCAUCUGGGGUGGAAGAAGCGCUUGCAAGCAGAGGCCAAGCAGCAGCCCAGAGGAGCAGGGGAGCCUGGCAGAGGGGCCUGCGGCCUUGGGCAGCGCACUCAUGGUCCCCAGGAGUGGGCUUCAGCAUGCGGCCGUCACCUCCUACGCAUACAAACUCCAGUGCCUCAGGAUCCAGGUGAAGCAGAUCUGCAGGGAGAGGGACAAGGCAAGGCUGGAUUUGGAGAAAGCGGAGAGACGCUGCCUGCAGCUUGGCAGGGAGUUGGAUGAGCAGUACGUCGCCCUCGAGCACAGCCAGAGCAAGCUCAAGGAUGUUCAAACUGAAAUGGAGGCAAAGGAGCUGCUUUUGCAGCAGGCAGUCAACCAUCAAGCAAAGCUGGAGGCUGAUACGCAGUUCCUCCAGGGCAAAGAGGCCAGCCUGCAUGGAAGACUGAACCUCAUGAUGAAGGAAAACACACAGCUGCAAAACAAGGUCACGGAGAUGACUGAGAAACUGGUGGCCUCUGAGAAGCUGGUGCUGGAGCUGCAGAAAGAGCUCAACCUCGUUGUGAAGGACAAGCUGGAGCAGGUGGAGCCCCGCAGCCCAGAGCUCCUGACCCAGAGCGAGCGCUUUGCGGAGAUUGUGCUGGAAUACGAACGGCAGUGCCAGAGAGUCAAGGUGCUGUGGGACCAGAACGGCGUGCUGCGGAGGGAGCUGGAAGCGCUGCGUCUUCAGCUGCAGCAGGACAGCAGGGCCGAGAGAGGGCUGCCCGCUGCAGAGACAUCGCUCACAGCGGAGCAGCUCCAAGAGCAGCUGCAGGACCUGAAGGUGCAGCUGGAAACCAAGGUAAACUACUAUGAGAAGGAAAUUGAAUUAAUGAGGAAAAACUUUGAAAGAGAGAAGAAGGGCAGCAAAAAAAGCUUCAAGGCUGAGAUGAGCAAGGUGGAAGGCCAGAAAAGAGACCUGGAAGAAAAGGUUGCAAAGUACGAGGCUGUAAUUGAUGGUCUGAAAGCACAAAAGUGUGUGCAGAGCCUGGAGCUGGAGGAGGAGCUUGAGAUGGAGCAGGCCAGGGUAGGAACACAGCUCCCUAAAGAUGUACACCAUCCAAGGCAGCAGCUGCACCAGGAAGGAGAAGAACUGAGGAUGCAGUGCAGGGACAGAGAGGGCCUGAGGAAACACGUGAGCAAGUUGGGCCGAGAGGAGGUACAAGAGCUGACUGAAAUACCAGAGGUGAUGGAGUUGAGUGAGAAGAGCAAAAGGGAGGCCUCUCAGCUGAACACCAAGCUGAGUCAGCUGAGCCGUGAGCUCCCCAAGCAAGAGGCCAGCCGCAGCGCCGGCCCUGCCACCACCCAGCUGCAGAGCCAGAGGCUGGUGGAAGCUGAGCAGCUGCAAGGAGCACAGAUGGCCGUGAGGCCAGAGCACCACGGGCAGCAUGCCAUGUGUUGGACGGAGAUGGAACUGCUUCGGCAGCAGCUCAGGGCCUCGCAGGAGAAGCUUUUAGAAGCCAAAGCGAGCCUGAGCCUGGCCCAGACUCGGCAUGCGUUGCAGCUGCAGCAGGCCAAGGCCCAGAUGAACAACAUGGUGCCAAAGAAACAGUUCGAGCAGCUGCAGGCCAGCUUGAGGGAGGAACAGUGCAGGGCUCAGCGGCUCCAGGAAAACCUCCAUCGGCAGGCUGAGCAGGCACACAGGCAGCUGGCCAGGACACAGGAGGAACACGAGCGUCUGCUGCAGGCAGCCAUGGAGCAGGCGGAGGGGCUGGAGCGUGAGCUGAGGAGCGCUGAGGCCAUGCUGGCAGACAGGGCAGCUCACCUCAAGGACGCACAGGCCCAGCUCUCCAGGAACAAACUGCUGAUCGAAGACCUUCGUAAGGAGAACAGGGGGUUUGCAAUGGCCCUGCAGGCGGCAGAGCUGAAGCAGAAAAGCACCGAGGAGAAGAACCAGGUGUUGGAGGAGCAGGCCUCGGCCCUGAAGCAGCUCAUUGGAAAAAUUACACCGGCAUCUUUGAGUGUGUAGUGGGGUGCCUGCUGUGGCAGCCGUGCUGCUGGACCUGGCUGGGACUUAGCAGUUACUCUUGGGCUCUAGGAGACGGAGCCUGAAGCUUCCUAAAGCCUGAGCCUAGGAUCCAAACCAACAUUGCCUCUGUGGUGAGCAGGCCAGGGGGGCUCCUCUUGAUCUGAGCCUCCAAGGCUGGGGGUGGUGCUGGUGUUCCCUGUGCAGCACUGUGCUUCAGCAAGCCGUCCUUACCGUGCUUUGGCAAAGGAGACUAGAAGGCAGGGACCGUGGUUCCAUCUUCGAUCUCAAAUUCUCCGUAGUCCCUUAAACACCGCACCUGCGAAGGAGAAGGGCAGCAGUCUCUGGAUCAAAAGACUUAUCUUAGAAAAUACCAGACAGUACUGCUGACUUAAAAACCAUGCUCCAGAAGUC